AUGGAGGGCAAGUAUGAAUCCGUUGAGGAAGCAGUCACAACUAUAAAAUUCUGGUUGCAACAGAUGGCCUCUUCCAUAAAUACGGUUAAGGUUCUUUCUUCUCAUGAUAAAUUGCAGCAGGUGGCCUCUUCCAUAAAUAAGGUUAAAGUUCUUUCUUCUCAUGAUGCUAGAAUUUUGUCCUAUUCGGACUUUCCAUGUGUGAUGGGGCGGCAAAGGCAAACUCGUAUGAUCAUUUGGAGGAAUCCUAUAUCAAGUAGGGGAAAACUUAAUGUGGAUGGUUGUAGUUUUGGGAACCCUAGUCUAUCUGGUUGUCGUGGUGUUAUUAGGGAUGAGUUUGGGAAGGUUAUGGCUAGUUUUGCAUCUCAAUUAGGGAAGACUACUAAUACAGAAGCUGAGUUGAGAGCUAUUAUUGAAGGGUUGAAGGUAUGCCAACAACUUGGGGCUUGUGCUGUGGAAAUUGAAUGUGAUUAUCUAAUUAUUGUUAAUUGGCUAAAAAUUCGUAAGUGCACAGUCUGGUAUUUGUGGGAUUUUUGGGAAGAGCUAUUGGGUUUGAUUCAGCUUUUUGAGGUUCAUGUAAUGCAUCAAUAUAGGGAAGGUAAUCAAGUGGCAGAUGCUUUGGCAAAAUUAGGUGCAAAAGGUCAUACAUAG